UCAUCUCAACAACUUGGAACAGAUCAUCAAUGUUACAGUUAGUUCAGCACUUGAUGCAACUCCAAAGUCGAAGCAGGACCACUCAUCAAUCCUUCACAUGAACCAUGUUCUUCCAUCUGAUUUGUACGGUGCUGCCGGGCCUGUGCAGUUAUCUCUCUGUGUCGACAGCUACCAUUUCUUAUCCAAAAACCCUGCCAUGUGAUGUCAAUGAGACCAACAACGGGAGUGUGGUGAAGGUAGACUGCACUGAGAGAAACCUCAAAGAUAUCCCCUUCGGCAUCCCCAGAGACACUACCAAUCUGACGCUCACCAUCAAUCAUAUACCUAGAUUAAACUCCACCUCUUUUCACGGGCUGGAGAACCUGACUGAGAUUGACAUGAGGUGCAACUGUGUGCCCAUCAAAAUUGGUCCCAAGGACCGUGUGUGCACCGAGAGUGUGACAAUAGAGGAAGAUACUUUCACCAACCUGAGGAAUCUUCAAGCCCUGUAUCUCGAUGGAAAUCAGCUCUACAGUAUACCUAAAGGCCUGCCACCCAAUCUGAUCCUGCUGAGUCUGGAAGUCAAUCACAUUGUUAAGAUUUCUAAAGCAAACCUCACAGCGAUUAGAAAUAUCCAGAUGCUUUAUCUGAGUCAAAACUGCUAUUAUCGUAAUCCGUGUAAUGAUUCCUAUAAAAUAGAGGCCGAUGCAUUUUUACAGCUUAGCAAUUUAACAUUGCUAUGUCUUAAGUCAAAUAAUUUAUCCUUUAUCCCACAUCAGCUCCCAGCAAGUCUGAAGGAGUUGUAUCUCUACAACAAUAACAUUCCAAAAGUCACUGAUGAGGAUUUCAAAAACUUAACAAACCUUGAGAUUCUAGAUAUAAGCGGAAACUGUCCUCGGUGUUACAAUGCUCCUUUCCCAUGCAUCCCUUGCCCAAAUCACUCACCUCUUAAUAUCAGCGGGGAAGCUUUUAAAAUGUUGACAAAGCUUCAGACACUCAGGCUGCACAGUAACUCCCUGACAUUUCUGCUACCAGAGUGGUUUGCCACCACAACAGAGCUGAGAGAGCUUGAUCUCUCAUCAAACUUUUUAGCAAUAGACAUAGGAGUCACCAGAUUCCCACUUUCUCUGAGCAAACUAGAAGAACUUGACCUUUCAUUCAACUAUGACCUUCAGAAGUACCCCCAAACACUGAGACUGAGCUGCAGUUUCGCCAACCUCAAAUCCCUUCGAGUUCUCAGACUAAAGGGCUUUGUGUUUCAGCAGCUAAAGCCAGAGAGCAUUGCUCCUCUAAAACAUCUAAAAAACUUGGAGGUUGUGGAUCUUGGUACAAACUUUAUUAAAAUGGCAAACCUUAGUAUUCUAAUGGAAUUAAAAAGCUUUAAAAUAAUCAGUCUGUCUGACAACAAAAUAUCUUCCCCCUCUGAUGGCCAGGAUGCUGUUGGUUUCUCUGAAGGAGAGCCUUUGCAAUGGUCUCCCAUGCCAGCUUCCGCUCCUUACCAAAGUAAGGAAGUGAGAGAGAUCCAUUACUUCAGAUAUGAUGAAUAUGCACGCAGCUGCAAAUACAAAGACAAAGAACUCGGGGUUGUCACAUCUUUUGUCAAGAAGCAAUGCCGUGAGUUUGGCAAAACCCUGGAUGUGAGCAGAAACAACAUAUUCUUCUUGCAUUCAAGAUUUUUAAAUCUUGGGGAGCUGAGAUGCCUCAAUUUGUCUGGGAAUGCGAUGAGCCAAAGUCUGAAUGGCUCUGAAUUCACCUAUCUGACUAAUUUAAAGUACCUGGACUUCUCGUCAAAUCGCCUGGACCUACUCUAUUCCACUGCAUUUCAAGAGCUGAAAAGUCUGGUCAUCUUGGAUAUCAGUAAUAACAACCACUAUUUUGAGUCAGAAGGCUUGACUCACAUGCUUAAUUUCACAAGACAUUUGAAAUAUCUCAAGGUACUGCUGAUGAACCACAACAAGAUCUCAACUUCCACCAACACAGAAAUGGAGAGUCAAUCUCUAGAGAGGUUAGAGUUCAGAGAUAAUCGGUUAGAUCUGAUGUGGAGAGAUGGGGACACCAGAUAUUGCAAUUAUUUCAAGAAACUAAGUAAUCUAACUGUGCUCGACAUAUCACAUAACAAUCUCAAUUUCAUUCCCGAACAAGUAUUCAAUGGUUUACCAGACAAACUGUCUGAGCUGUACAUCAAAAACAACAUAUUAAAAGAGUUUGAUUGGAAGAAACUACAACUUCUGCAUUCUUUGCAAGUACUUGAUCUAAGUGGGAACAGUUUAACUAAGGUUCCAGGCAUGCUGUCAAACUGUAGCCAAUCUCUCCAGAAGCUCAUUUUACAUAAAAAUCAUAUCGUAGAGCUCAGUCAAGAUUUCCUUAAGGAUGCAUACAACUUGAAAUAUCUGGAUCUUAGUUUCAACAGCAUACAGCACAUUGACAAAUCUAGCUUUCCAGACGAUGUAGUUGAUCAGAUGUCCAUGUUGCUGUUGGACAACAACAAAUUUCUGUGCACUUGCAAUGCCACUUGGUUCAUCUCAUGGCUCAACAGGACUACAGUGUCCAUUCCCAGACUGGCCACAGAUGUCACCUGUGACAGUCCAGGGGCACAAAGAGGACAUCCUAUCAUCUCUGUGGACCUGCUGGCCUGCCAGCACCACUACUUGUCAAUCAUCCUCUACAUCCUCAUGACUUCCCUUGUCCUCAGCUUCCUCACCUUGUCUGUCUCCAGCCACCUCUUCCUGUGGGACGUUUGGUACAUCUACCACUUCUGUAGAGCCAAGCUUAAAGGCUACAUGCACCUGUAUUCCCAAAGCUCUGUCUAUGAUGCCUUUGUGAUAUAUGACAAAGAGGAUCCUGCAGUGUCAGAGUGGGUGAUGAGGGAAAUGUGCGUCCACCUGGAGGAGCGCGGAGAUCGUUGCCUGACACUAUGUCUGGAAGACCGGGAUUGGAUACCUGGAUGUCCCUUAAUCGACAACCUUUCCCAGAGCAUUCACAAGAGCAAGAGGACCGUCUUCAUCCUCACCAGCAGAUACAUUAAAAGUGGCAACUUCAAGACGGCUUUCUACAUGGCCCAUCAAAGGCUAAUGGAUGAAAAGGAUGAUGUUAUCAUACUGAUCUUCUUAGAGAAACUGCAGUGCAAUUCAAAGUACUUGAGAUUAAGGAAGAGACUGUACAAGCGGUCUGUCUUGGAGUGGCCAACAAACCCUCAAGCUCAGCCAUACUUCUGGUUCACUCUCAGGAGUGUAUUGGCAACAGAGAGUCACAAACAAUACAACAAUCUCUUCAAAGAGACUCUGUGAAUCUAGAAAUAAAUUGUCAU